CACUACAUUUAUGGUGAAUGUAGAGGUAAUGCUAACCAAGCAGCUGCACUUUAUCGGGAGAGAUAUCCAAACAAUCGCCACCCCGAUUACAGAGUUUUUAUUCGAGUACACAAUGCAUACUCUGAAGGCAGAAUACCUGGCAGCGGUGUGGGCGGUGCGAGUGAAGGAAGACCGCGUAUCAGCAACGAUGAAGCAGUUUUGAACAUAGUGAACGAAGAUCCCAGCAUAUCAGUUCGUGUGUUAUCUCGUCGUGCUGGCAUGUCAACCAGGACGGUACAUCGCAUAUUAAAACGGCACGAAUUAUACCCGUACCAUUUUCAGCGAGUCCAAACCUUACUUCCGAGAGAUUAUCCAUUACGGGUAGCAUUUUGUAGAACAAUGUUAAGAAGAAUGAGAGAGGAACCAGAUUUUUUCAAUAAAAUACUAUGGAGUGACGAAUCCUCGUGCCAGAGAGAUGGAUAUUUAAAUCUACAUUAAGCUGGCAACUAGAAAAUCCGAAAUUAAUAAGACAAGAUCGAUCACAACACCAGUUUAAGAUUAAUUUAUGGACCGGUAUCCUAAACGGUCAAAUUGUUGGACCAUUUGAAUUACCAGCGACCCUGACUGGAGAAACUUAUUUGCAUUUUUUGCAAAAUAAUUUGCCUGUGUUGUUGGAGGACGUACCCCCUGAAGUAUGUGAAAACAUGUGGUUUCAAAACGACGGUUGCCCCGCACAUUAUGCGGUAAGAGUACGGCAAUAUUUAAACGAGACCUAUCCAGAGAGGUGGAUAGGACGUCUAGGGCAAAUACUAUGGCCACCUAGGUCGCCAGAUUUAAACCCACUCGAUUUCUUUUACUGGGGCUGCUUGAAGGAGAAGAUUUACAAAAAAGAAAUAACUUCAAUUGAACAGCUACGACAAAGCAUACGUUCGGCUGCUGACGAAAUAUCGUCAGCAAGAUUUGCGAAUCGAUUAAAACGGUCGUUUAUAAGAAGAUGUAGAGCUUGCAUAGCAGCUGAAGGAGCCCAUUUUGAACAUCUUGUGUAAAUUUUUACAAUAAAUGUUAUUAAAUAUUAAUGUAUUUUAUUGUGUCAACCAACCCAUAACGAUCAAAUUUUAAGGAAAAUUGCAUUCCCUUUGAGUUUAAAAUUAGUUACAGCAGUGUUAAAAAAUUUAAUUUAAAAAUCAAUUUUGUAUGACAAUUCUCUUUUUAGAUUCGAACAGCAAUAACUUGGUGCUUUGUUAAGAUACUGGUAAUUAUUAUACCAUUUUAGAAUCUGCAUUAAAUGGGCAAGUUUUAAAGAUAAUGGGCUACCACAGAGUAGAACAUUUUUUUUCGAUACAGGGGCCCGAAAUUCCAUAAUUCUUAAGAAAAAAUAUUAAAAAUUGAGAAAAAUUAUUUUUUUCCAAGUUAUCUUAGAUUGUAUUAAAAAAUUUGAUGCUGUUCUGAUGAUACAGAUAUGUAGGAGUGAUAUAAAAAAAACAGAACGAAAAAUAGUCAGCAAUAGUAGAAAUGGCAGCUGAUUUUGUAUAAGCAAGUACGAGUUUUAUUGAAAAUAUCAAAAAUAUCAAUAAUUUGGUCAUCCAUGAGCAUAAUCUGAUAUAAGUUAUAACAAUUGAAGAUAUACAGAUGAAAGAGAAUCUUGGUGAGUGAUCCUACAUUCUAGCUUCUUCCAAUGGUUUCACUUGCGUCCCCUGGGAACUACUUCACCCAUCCGGAUAACAAGUCGCCUAUAGCCUCUCUCGAAAAUGAGCUAUCUAACACUGAAAGCAUUUUUAAAUCAGACUAGUACUUAAUGGGAUUAGUGUGUUCAAGCAAAGAGAAGACAAGCAAGAUAUUGUGUAUGUAAAAGUAACUUCGUCUAUUACUAGCAUGGCUUAAAUUAUUUCAAUCAGAUUCAAAUAAUGGUUAUCCAAUCUGAACUACUACAUUUCUGUGUAUGCCCCAGAAAUGUAAUUCAUAUCAUCAUCACUAUCAUCCUAAUUUGUACAUAAUAUUCAUACAUUUCUUACCAAUUAUGUUAAUGGCUUUCAGAACCUGCCACUUCACAAUAUCAGCUUAUAGAGAAUGAAAGACACUCUCAUACUGAAGGGGAAAAUGUAGAAGUGGUGAAAGAUCUUGGUAAGUAUGGGAAAAUUAAAGAAUUAUUAAACUAUUGACUAAUUACAUCCAUACUUAAUAAAAACUGUGAAACUGAGUUUGCUUGUUAUACUUUCAUGGUUUGAAAACAACUGAUUUAUAUUUAACAACCUUUUUGAUGCAAUGGUCACUAUGCUGGACUACCGAACUGAUGAUGGUCCCGGGUUCGAUUCCCGGUGUGUUCAAUAUUUGUGUGAUGAACAUAUUUUUUUGCUGUAGUCUGGGUGUUAUAAUAUGUAUCUAUUUAUAAGAAGUAUAUUAAGUUUAUCAGUUGUGUUAGCACCCAUAACACAAGCUAAUCAAUAGCUUACCUUGGGGUUAACCGACCAUGUGUGAAAUGUGUCCCGAUAUUAUAUUAUAAUACAUAUUUUUUGUUAAUGAUUAGAUAAUUUGAUACAUAACUAGCGCUGAUACUGUUCUACUAGUACUCUUAUACAUUCUGCAAUUUUUAUUCAUACAAUUCUUAUUAUGUUUUACAGACCAUCGCAACAUACAUAUCAAAUGUGUUAGUAAGAAACCAGUAAACAGGUUGCUGUAACUAAAACUGAGCGUGCUCUGUAUCAGAAAAUUUUAAAAGUUGGUGUGAAACUCAGCAAAUGCCGUAGCAAGGUUAAGAAGCAGGCAGUCAAGAUUAAGGCCCUGCAAAAUAUCACAACAAAUCCACAAUUUCUGGAAACUCUAGACAAAAUGUCCAGCACAUCCAAUUUUAACUUUGCUGCAAUUUAGAGAGCAUAGAAAAGAAAAAAAAGGGCGGCGUUUGAUUGUAGCUUUGACUAUGCUCAAACAAAGCCCAAAAGGAUACAGAUUCCUGAGAAAAUCUUUAUCCUGCCAUCAAGACAAAUUUUAAUAAAAUUAAUAAAUAUGGCAGAUAUAAAUGCUAGCAUCAAUAAAAAAUUGAUGGCGCAAAUAAAAAAAUCCGCUCAAAAAAUGAAACCAGAACACAAAUUAUGUGUUGUUCUUUUCGAUGAAAUGUCACUGAAACCCAAUGUGACAUAUAAUGAAAGGAAAGACAGAGUUAGUGGGUUUGUCACAAAUGGGCAAGAUACACAGCCUGAAUAUGCGGAUCAUGCGCAGGUCUUUAUGAUAAGAGGACUUGUAAAAAAUUACAAGCAACCUGUUGCCUGCACAUUUUCUCAGUCUGCAACAAAGGGACCUGAACUGGCAAAACAAUUAAAGGCCGUCAUUACGGAAAUUCAACAAGCUGGCCUUAUUGUGGUAGCAACAGUGUGCGACCAAGGUACAAACGAUGUAAACUGCAUUAAAUACCUGUUGCAAGAGAUUAGAGGUAUUCUCUUAAGAAAAUCGGAAGAACCUGAGGGAAAUAUUAUUCUGGUAAACAAUCAGGAGAUCAUUCCAUUGUAUGACCCACCUCACCUAAUGAAGUGUAUAAGAAAUAAUUUAAUAACUAAAAAUAUACAGUAUAAAAAAGAUAGCAAAGUUCAAACAGCAAAGUGGGAACACAUAACGGCACUACCAAGAAAACCCGGGCAACAAAGGCAUAAGACUGGUGCCAAAAUUGACAGACUCCCACUGCAUUCUUGCAAAAUUCCAAGGAUGAAAGUGAAAUUUACUACGCAGCUGUUCAGCCAAACUGUAGCAACAAAUAUGGGCUACCUAGCAGAUAAAGGAAUAAUCUCAGAAGAUGCAAAAAGUAAGGCGGACGUCAUCUUGUUUUUUGACAAACUUUUUGACUCGGUGAAUGGAAGCUAUGGCAAAAGGAAGAAGCAUAGCAAAUCUCUUCUGGGACCUGCGACGCCUAACUCUGUACACCGCAAAACCUGGACGGAGUCCAAAAUAUUUUAAAAAAAUAUGAAAUUUGUUAACAAAAAAACAUUAAGUAACGAGUAUAUUCCUAUAUUAAAUAACUGGGUAUGGACUGUAAAAGGCAUAGAACUGCUAUUAAAAAAAGUUGCUGUCAAGUACGGAGUAUCAUCGGUUUGGUUGCGGCAUCUUAAUCAGGAUCCAAUUGAAAACUUUUUUGGAUCAAUAAGGAGCCAAGGAUGCCGCAACGUAAACCCUACUCCAGAUGGAUUUGAAGCAGCAUUUAGCAGCUUAUUAAUAAACAGCCUUUCUAGUGUCCAGGCCCCUGGGGCAAAUUGUGAGGUGGAUAAAUGUUAUGCUUUGCAUGAAGUACUCAUCACAAGCGAGGGCUGCAAAGAACAAAUAAAUUGCGAGCUCGAUAAAGUUCCUGAUAUAGUAUUUACACCCCUUGAAGACAAAAGUGACCCUCGAGUAGUCGGUGGGCUACAAUAUGUGAGCGGAUAUUUCGUUAAAACCGCUAAAAAUAAAGGAAGUCAAGGGUUGUAGUGAAUGUAAAAAAACCUUGAUGUCCAAUCAGGAACAGGAAUACUUAAAAUAUAGAGAAUAUGCAAAUAAAAAAUGGCUUUGCAGUCCCAGCGACUCUCUCUUAAAUUGUACAUAUCUCGAAUCUGCAGGAUAUAAAUGAUGCUAUUCUUAAAACAUAUUUAGAAAAAAUAUAUUUGAAAGACUUGAUAAAAACAGUCAUAUGCACAGACAACAUAUUUUUGCACGUCCAAUUUGAUUUCCUGAAGUGCGAAACAAAUAAAGAAAAAUUAAUCGAUUUUUUAAUCAACAUAUCCUGCAGAUUCUUCAUUUAUAAUUAUUAUUAUUGUAAAGAAUUAAAUAAAAUAUUAAUAAAUAGGAGAUAGAGUGUGGUGUAGAGAUCGGAUAAUAUGCAUUUGCAUAUUUAAGCGAUUUUCAAGGCUAAUAGCAUAUUUUUACUAAUAUCUAGUGAUGAUGCAUAUUAUUGCUAUAAUUUACAGUAGGUAGGUAUUUUUCGAGCGUAGCGCACUCGGCAGCCGCGCGUAUUUUGUUUUGGUAGGUACUUAAAAAAUGAAAGAGACAAAUGACCGCGCCGCCGCGCGCUCGCCUACCGCGCUACUCCCACCUAUUAUGCAUGUCAUUAUUACUUUGAUUGUUGACACGCUCGUGCUCGGAUAAUUCACCUGCAGUUAAAAGUUUUUGUGUGUGUACAAUGCCUCCCGA